CUACGGCAGGAGGAAACACAGACUGUCCGCUCUUCCUACCACUAUUUUUAUUUUUUGACAAACUCUUCCCUUUAAAAUGGCGUACCACAGUCCGUACAGAGCUCCUCCGCACAUUAACGCUCCUCCGGACCAGGGCUUUCUGUGGAAUAUCUUCCAGAGGGUCGACAAGGACCGGAGUGGGGUGAUAUCAGACUCAGAGCUCCAGCAGGCCUUAUCGAAUGGCACAUGGACUCCUUUCAACCCAGUGACGGUCCGGUCCAUAAUAUCCAUGUUCGACAGGGAAAAUAAAGGCGGCGUGAACUUCAAUGAGUUUGCCGGCGUGUGGAAGUACAUCACAGACUGGCAGAACAUCUUCAGGACCUACGAUAGGGACAACUCCGGCUUCAUCGAUAAGAACGAGCUCAAACAGGCGCUGACUGGAUUUGGCUAUCGUCUAUCAGAACAGUUCUACUGUACGCUGAUAGAGAAGUUCGACCGCCAGAGGAAGGGACAGGUGGCCUUUGAUGACUUCAUUCAGUGCUGUAUUGUACUACAGAGGUUGACUGAUGUGUUCAGGCGAUACGAUACAGACCAGGAUGGCUGGAUCCAGGUUUCAUAUGAACAGUAUCUAUCCAUGGUCUUCAAUAUAGUAUAACGCACACGGACCACCGCAGAAGAGCACAACUGGACACAACUGUGCCAAAGCCAGGGGCACCUCCCGGAUGUCUACCAUGGUGGACACUACAAGAUUUUUUUAAACUUCAUUUUUGUCUCACACAAAUUUAUAUGAUUGAUAUCAUGAAGCUUAGAUGAACCUUUAAGUUUUUACUGAAGACUGCAUUUGUCUUGAGGUGCAACUGUAAUGCUUGAUGUAUUUAAAAAAAAAAAAAUCUUGUAGUGUUUUGUUUGACCAAUCUGAACUACGCCUGUGUUAGGGACUCUGGGGUCAUUAUGGACACAUCUGUCUUUCUGUCUGUCAGUCAGUCUGUCUGUUAUUGUCGAUAAACUUUUUAAUGUCUUAACUUUAAUUGAUACAAUGAAAAGAAAAAGAACUCUGUUGAGAGUAAAAUGAUGCAUUGUAAAUAUGAUUUAAGAUGGAUUGCAUGCUUUUCAGGGAAAUUUAGCCCCAACGUUGAAGCAUGCUCUACCUUUCUCUUGUCUUUUCUUCAGCUCUAUUUUGCUCAAAGCCAUGUUUACAAAUACUGUGAAAGCAGGUGAUGUUCUGCUUCGAGAUUCACUGACAUGCCAGCUUACAUGCCAUAUUUGUA